AUGACGUCCAACCCUCCUAUGCCUACUACUCCUAGUCCAACACAGACCGGUAUGGUGAGCGGGUGUCUUCGGUUCUACUGUGUGGAAAGCGGAGAUGAUUGCUAUGAUAUUGCUCUUGAUGCAGGAAUAUCGCUUGAUGAUUUCUACUCCUGGAAUCCAGCGGUCUCGGACUGUGCAGAUCUCGAAGUCAGUAUAUUUGUCUGCAUUGGCAUUUCUGGCCAGGCGACAACCAUCACCAGUGGGACGCCUGUAGCAGCAACUGGAACAACAACGGCUACUUCAUCAUAA